GGCCGCGGGAGGCGGGAGGGUGGAGCCGAGGCGAGGCCUGUCCGGGUGAGGUGGGCGCUCGGGGCCUGUCAGGACCUGGACAUGCAGGCCUCCUGACCUUUCACCCUGCUUUUCCAAAAGUAGAGGCCUCCAUAACACUUUUCCGAAUAUGCUAGUUCUUGUAAGGGAAACACUUCAAUGAAGCCUUCCUCCUUUAUAAAGAAACCUUCCUGGUAUUACAUCUGUUUGAUCCACUCAACUGAAGGAUGAAAGCUGUACAUAGGAGCACAAAGUGAAUGGAAGACAACUGUCAUUAUGUACGUAUUUCGGCACUCUGAACAGACACUAAAAACUGCCCUCAUCUCAAAGAACCCAGUACUUGUGUCACAGUAUGAGAAACUAGAUGCUGGGGAACAACGCUUAAUGAAUGAAGCUUUCCAGCCAACCAGUGAUCUCUUUAAGCCUAUUACUUUUCAAUCACAGUCAGAUUGGAUUAUUUCCCACCCUGAGGUUCCCCAAGACUUUGAACAGUUUUUCAGUGAUGCCUACAGAAAGACACCGACUCCAGAGAAGCACACUAUUUAUAUACAGUCUAUAGGAUCUCUGGCAAACACCAGAGUUAUCAGCGAAGAAUAUAUUAAGUGGCUGAAGAGCUACUGUGAAGCAUUUUUCUAUGGUCUGACAGUAAAACUCCUAGAACCAGUGUCUGUUUCUGCCACAAAGUGUUCCUUUCGAGUUAACGAUCACACACAGAACCUACAGAUUCAUGCAGGACAUAUCCUGACGUUUUUAAAAAAGAAAAAACGUGAAGAUGCCUUCUGUGUUGUGGGGAUAACAAUGAUAGAUCUUUACCCAAGAGACUCAUGGAACUUUGUCUUUGGACAGGCCUCUUUGACGGAUGGUGUGGGGAUAUUCAGCUUUGCCAGGUAUGGCAAGGAUUUCUAUAGCUCCCACUAUAAGGGCAAGGUGAAGAAGCCUAAGAGAGUAUCUUCUAGUGACUAUUCCAUCUUUAAUAACUACUGUGUCCCUGACAUCACUAGUGCAUUGCUGCUGCGAUCCUGUAAGACUUUAACCCAUGAGAUUGGACACAUAUUUGGACUGAGACACUGCCAGUGGCUUGCAUGCUUAAUGCAAGGCUCCAACCACUUGGAGGAAGCUGAUCGGCGUCCUCUAAACCUUUGCCCUAUCUGCUUGCGCAAGUUACAGUGUGCUCUUGGCUUCAAUAUUGUAGAAAGAUACAAGGCACUGGUGAGGUGGAUCGAUGAGGAAUGCACUGACACGCCAGCUCCAAAGCCCAGCUGUGAGAAUGCCGUGAGUGUGCCGAAACCAGUGGAAGCCUUUAAGGAAUGGAGAGAGUGGGUGGUAAAAUGCCUUGCUGUUCUCCAAAAUCAGGAGUAAUUAAAUCAGUCCUUGCAUAUUA